CCUCCCCCUUCCUUUUCUUCCCCCCCCCCCCUCUCACCUGCUUGCUCCCCUGCCAGCAUGUCCCCUGUCGUCUUUAUCCAGGCUCAGUCGAACAUCAGCGAGGCGGUCCUUGUGGCCGCGGCGAUCAGCCUCGCCAACGACGCCGGUCUGAAUGUUCAGCUGGAGAUUACUCCGAAGGCCGAUGAGGCUCUUGCCGGCUACCAUGGCGACGUGCACAUGAAGGUGAAGUCCGGCGCGUCGGUCCUCUUCUCGACCAUCGCCAUCGUCGGGCACAUCCUCCAGUCGGCCGGUCUGAUCGGCCUGGAUGAGUUCCUGGCCGGCUUCCGGCUUUUCACCCUGCUGGACACCCUGAGCGCCGGCAGCUCCGACGCUUCGGUCAGCGCCUUGGUCGCCAAGCACUUCGCCAGCCAGCAGAAACUUUCCCUGCUGGAGAACCUCGUGGUUUUCGCCCGUCUGGCUGGCAACCAUGCGCGUGAUGUGUCCACCCCGCUGACUGGCUUCCUGGAGAAGCUGGUCUCGGCUCCGCUGCUGGCCGGCAUGACCGAGGCUCUCGGCAACCCGGAGGUUCUGCUGCUGGAUGCCCAUGCCACCAUCACCAAUGCCGGCGUCAGCCUGAUUGUCAUUGACUGCACCGAGCCUCUGGCCGCCCUGCGCAUGGUCGAUGAGUCGCUCUUCCACCAGUCUCCCUCCGCGGGCACCAUCCUGCCGAAGGAGGGCGAGCGCAACAUCCUGAUUACCAGUGCCCUGCCCUAUGUCAACAACAGCCCGCAUCUUGGCAACAUCAUCGGCUGCGUCCUGUCGGCUGACGUUUAUGCCCGUUACUGCCGUCAGCGCGGCUACAACACCCUCUACGUGUGUGGUACCGAUGAGUAUGGCACCGCCACCGAGACCCUGGCCUCCGAGCGCGGCGAGAGCUGUCGCUCCAUUUGCGACCGGUACAAUGCCCUGCACACGGCCAUCUACAAGUGGUUUGACAUUGAUUUCGAUCACUUCGGCCGCACUACCGACCCCAAGCAUGCCGGCAUUGCCCAGGGGAUCUUCUCUCGCAUCUACGAGCGCGGGCUCUUCUCCAAGCAGACCAUCGACCAGUGGUGGUGCGAGAAGGAUCAGCGCUUCCUGUCGGAUCGCUUUGUCGAGGGCACUUGCAACUUCUGCAAGUUCCCCGAUGCCCGCGGUGACCAGUGCGACGGGUGCGGCAAGCUCAUCAAUGCUGUGGAGCUGAUCGAUCCCCGGUGCAAGCUGUGCCGCUCGACCCCGGUCAUGCGUCAGUCCGAGCAUAUGUUCCUCCACCUGGAGAAGGUCCAGGACGACCUGCAGGCCUGGAUCAAGGAGGCCUCCACCGGCAUGUGGAGCGACAACUCGAAGUCCAUCACCGAGUCCUGGCUGCGUGAGGGCCUGCGCGCCCGGUGCAUGACCCGCGACCUGUCCUGGGGUACCCCGGUCCCCCUGCCUGGCAUGGAGAACAAGGUGCUGUACGUGUGGUUCGACGCGCCGAUCGGCUAUCUGUCCAUCACGGCCGAGUACACCGACGACUGGGAGCUCUGGUGGAAGAACCCGGAGCAGGUGCAGCUGUACCAGUUCAUGGGCAAGGACAAUGUCCCCUUCCACACGGUGAUGUUCCCCUGCUCGCUGAUCGGCACCGGUGACAAGUACACCAUGCUCAACCACCUGAGCACCACCGAGUACCUGAACUACGAGGGCGGCAAGUUCUCCAAGUCCCGGAACAUCGGUGUCUUCGGCGAUGAUGCCAUCGCCUCCGGCAUCCCGGCCUGUCUGUGGCGCUAUUACCUGCUGGCCAACCGCCCGGAGCAGCAUGACUCCCAGUUCAACUGGACCGACUUCGGUCUGCGUGUCAACUCCGAGCUGCUGGCCAAUGUCGGCAACCUGGUCAACCGGACCCUGGGCUUCCUGGACUCGCGCUACCGCCGCCAGGUCCCGGCUCCUGGGCCCAACUUCGACCCGGCCACCCAUCCCUUCGUGCAGGAGGUCAACACCCUGCUGGCCGAGUACCUCGAUCGCAUGGAGACCCUGCGCAUUCGUGAUGCCCUGCACCUGGUCAUGCGUAUCUCGGCCGCCGGAAACAACUUCAUCACUGCCACUGGCCUCGGUCAGACCCUGCUGAACGAGAAUCCCGACGAGUGCAACACCCUCCUCUAUGUCAUGGUCAACUUCGUCUACCUCAUUGCCACCCUGCUGCAUCCCUUCAUCCCGGCCACCUCGGUGGCCAUCUGCGAGCAGCUGUCCCCGGCUGCCGAGUCUGGCGCCGUCCUGCCGCUCCUCGCGCUGUCGGAGUCCUUCCGCUUUGGCAUCAAGCCCGGCCAUGUCAUCGGCACCCCGGCCCGCCUCUUUGAGCGCCUGUCCGAGGAGACCCUGGCUGCCCUCAAGGUCAAGCAUGCCGGGAGCCCGGCCCCGGCGGCCACCGCCUAAGGGUGUCACCAGGCGGAGGAAAAAAGAAUCCCGGCCCCUGCCAUGCCCGCCGCUCCCUCUCUCUCUCUCUCUCCUCUCCAUCCGUGCUUGUGCAGCUCCCUGUGGGCAUACGCGCGCAUGCAUGCACUCAUGUAUGCUUUCUUCCCCUCCCUCCGCUGUAGAAGGAGAUCGCCUCCUCCCGAGCGGGGCCCAUCAGGCCCGCACCCAUACAUGCCCUGGCGACGAUGGCAUGGGACAGUAGUACAUGUGGGAUCGUGCCGCUCGCUACUUCCAUUGGAAAAAGACAAAAGAGCUAUCCGGCAAGAUGGUCGGCCAUGGGGGGAUGAUCCUCUGGCCCCUGGCGUGGGGACGGAGGUGGGUAUGGGGGGGCGGGGAGGGGGCAUCCAUGCCCAACUCGCCUCCGCAUGCGCUACCCGCCCCCCCCCCCCCCCUCGCCUCUU